UACCCGCGCUCAGUCGCCAGGUAGUGAGCGGACAGGUGAGGUGCGCACUGGAGCCCCGACGCCGCCACCACCACCACCACACAACCCGCCCGUCAUCCCUCCCUCCUUCCCUCCCAUACUCAUUCUCCACCACGUGCUGACGGACUCCUGAUCCUAAACCUUAAGCUGUCCAAUUUCUGCUCCUCCCACUCCUCCUCCUCCUCCUUAUCCUUCACCGUUGCAUCACUCCUACCUCUUAAUCCUCAAACACCUCCUCAUCCUUCCUCGUGAUCCUACUCAAGCUCUACCUCCUUCCCCUCCUUCGCCCCCUCAUUCCCAUCGUCUGAGCCUCCCCGAAAGCCAAUGAGUCCCGUCAGUGUGCCCGCGGGAUGACAGCUGCGCGUGCCACCAAACAAGCGUGCGCCGUUCAUCCAGUGCCGCCUCUACACGUGUUUUGGUGACCCGCGCGGCGCCUCCGUCAGUUUCUAGUCACCCGCGUCAGGAGAAGAGAGAAGAUUAGUGAUGUGAUGACUUGGUGACGCUGCCUACCUCACCUCGCCCUCGUCCUGGUGUUUGCAAGCUCCCUCCUCACCUGUAUCAUCAGCAUCACCGCCUCGCUUACCACCUGCCGCCACACCUGUUGAAAUUUCGUGUCGCCGAGCACCUGUGUCUGCAGCCGCGUGUGUCAGUGCCUUCAGAGCUCCGCCACCAUGCAGUCCACCCCCGUCGGCGGCUUCAGCGUGUUCCCCCGCGCAUCGCUGGCCGUGGGCGCCCCAUCCCUCCUCACCUACCAGAUGCUGGCGGCACAAGCCCCGGGGGAUACGCCGCCCCAGUACCCGCUUCUCCACUCCCCUUUCUUCCUGCCCAUCCACCAUACCCGCAGCCCCGUGUUCUCUGCACACUCCCCUGUGGAAGGGGAAAUACAGCGGCCUAUAAACAGUCCUCCUGGCGCAGAGGAGGCCGAGGGCGGCACGGCACGGAAUUCCCCCUCCUCGCCGCCAACACAUGCCUCCCUCAGACUGACGGCCGUCAUCGACGCCCACCCCACAACACACUGCACCAGCCCCAGGAGGAGCCCCAUCGAGGAGGAGGCGAGCAGGAGGGAGACACCGCUGGACCUCACCACCAAGAAGCGUCCAGCGAGCAGUGCCUCAACCACGCCCCCGGUGGGCACCUCAGGGGAAGGUGUGGAUGCUCCUUCUGAUACAUUAAGAGGCUCAGCAGACAGGCAGGACACUAAGACUGAGGAGUCACAGAAAGCGCGGCCCCGCCAGGCCCACCCGUUCCUCAGGAUAAGUGAGUUACUGAAAGACUCCCCCUCCAGCAGCCCCGCCCCGCUCCCGCCCACGUCCUGCACCGAUGCCCCUGCCAAGCUGCCCCUGGUGUACCCGCGUCCCCUCCAUCCCGCCUCGCUGCUGGACAUGUACCGCAGCUUUGAUCUGCCAGUGUUUCCUGGCUGGGGCGGCGCACCCCCGCCCCGCCACCCACUCUUCGCCUCCAUGCCCCGCGCCUCCCUUCCUCCCUUGCCCGUACCCCCGGUGCGUCCCCUUGGACUUGACUUCUUCAAGAAUCACCUGCCCGGCGCUGCGCGACCCUACACUGACCUGUCCCGGCCGUACAGUGACCUGCUGAGUCCCCACCUGCCGCGAGGCGCCAAGGACCGCUACUCGUGCAAGUUCUGCGGCAAGGUGUUCCCUCGCUCGGCCAACCUGACGCGGCACCUGCGGACACACACGGGCGAGCAGCCGUACAAGUGCAAGUACUGCGAGCGGUCGUUCAGCAUCUCGUCCAACCUGCAGCGGCACGUGCGCAACAUCCACAACAAGGAGAAGCCCUUCAAGUGCCCGCUGUGUGACCGCUGCUUCGGCCAGCAGACCAACCUGGACCGGCACCUCAAGAAGCACGAGCUCGAGGGUCCCAACCCGCCGGACUCCCCCGAGGCGCCGGACUCCAGCAGUGCGGGCGUCACCCUUGACAAAACGGACGAGGCGGCGGCGGACGACACCCUGACAGAGGCGUCCAGUGACGGCGAGACGAGCGGCACUGAGGGGCGCGGCACCACGCCCCUUACGUUGGAGCACGACGGCAGCAGCCCCGUGGCCGGCGGCAGCCCCACGUCGCUGCUGCUGCCGCCGCUGCAGGAGCAGGAGCCCCCACAAAAGCGCCCCAGGCUAGAGUAGCAGCAGUUAUGGGCCAUGAACUGGCAGCCUGAUGCCCCCCCCCCCCCCCCCCCCCCUCAACGCCACCUCGUGAAAGACUCACUCUAGUCACCAACGUUACCUCACCAAAGAACGCCCGCCGGCCGUCCUGCUGGCGUCCCGGCCUCUCCUCGCCCACACCAAAGGUUGGCGUCUGUAUCCGUACAGACAGAGUCGUUCAGUGCGAUGCGAGUGUCGUCACUCUAAACGUUGAACUCUAUAUCAGGUGUGUGAAGUGUGUGAGUGUGUGGACCGCUGGCGGGGCCCGCCACCCACCCACUUAGUUAGUCAAUCAGUCAGUCAGUCAGGUGACAUGUGUACUGAAGUUCCUCGUUUGACUAUAAUUUUUUUUACAAAGUUCAUUGUAUGAAUGAAAUGGUUACACGAUGGUUUGUAAUAAAUGAACAUUUUGUAA